AUGACGUUUCUCGUUUAUGGAUCCCAGAUACUAUUCUAUUUUCUCGAGCCCGGGUCUCUGAGUACCGGAGAAACGGUGAUUUUCAAUGCAAGUGCGUGGGCUAUGAUAUGGUGUUAUUGGAAGACUUGUUCUGUUGAUCCGGGGGAAAGGGGCUGGGCUGAUAGAGUUGCGAGUGAGAUUGAGAAGGAAACGGAGAAGGACGGGAGGGAUGAGAAGGCGAUUGGAGAAGGUGAAGGUUUAGAAAAGAUAGAGUGGGAAAAUCUGCAUUCCAAAAUGGACCACCACUGUCCCUGGACCAACAACUGCGUCUCCCACAUUACCUUCCCCCAUUUCGUCCGCUUCCUCUUCUACGCCGUAUUUUCCCUCCUCAUCCUCGCCUUCUUCCUCUGCAUCCGCAUCAGCUACGUCAUUUCCGAAAGUACCCUCCCUUCCUACCUAGGCCCCUCAACCACCUCCCUCACCCUCCUCUUCAUAAUCACCUGUUCCGCCGGGCUCUCCCUCUUCGCCAUGUCCCUCCUCUUUCUGCGCACCGUCUACUCUCUCGCAACAAACAUCUACAUGAUCGAAGCCUGGGAAAUCGAACGCCACGAUGCGGUGAUCGAGCGCUCGAAAUCGAAAAAUAUGCGCGGCUAUGUGUAUGCGAAUGGAGGACGCAGAGUCAGAGUGCACAAAGUAGAAUUCCCCUUUGAUAUAGGUAUUUGGGAGAAUAUUGUGCAAGCGAUGGGGAGUGCGAAUAUACUUGUAUGGUUUAAUCCACUUGCAGGGGGACCAAGUGUAGAGAGCGCGGGGACUUGGGAGGAGAAUGGAUUUAAUGAUAGGGUGGGUAUGUGGCCGCCUCCGGAUCCGGACAAGUUGGGAAGGAGAGCGGGAUGUGUGGGUGUGGAAACGAUCCCGAUGGAAGAGAAAGUCUAUGGGAGUAUAGAAGAAGAACGAGAUGCAUUUAGACAGCGUCAAGAAGCGGAUUUGAAACGUUGGAAGAAAGAUGAUAUAGGAGGUACUAUCAACAAAGGAGAUGGGUACUAUGAAGAAGAUGACGAAGAGGAGGAGGUCGAAGACGAAAGUGAAGAAUAUGAAGAGGGACUCGACGGAGAAGAAGGCUGGACAAAUUCGGAAGGUGAUAGAUUGAGAGAUUAUGGGGUGGAUGAAGAAGCGAAUAUUGUGGAUGAAGAUGAGAUACCGUUGGGAGAAUUGAUACGACGACGUAAAGCGAGGAGUUUUGCAUCGACAUGA